AUAAAAUAAAGACACGAUAAAAUAAGAUUUUUUUAUUGCUGUCUAGAUAUUUGGAACCGAGUGACCUGGCAACACUGCUGCACCUAAGUCAUCAUUGUCAAUUGUCAUAUGAUCAAAUGUGAUCAAAUCCCAAAGGUCACUUUAAUCAAGGCCGAAUAAAAAAUUCAUGAUAAAGUAAGAUUUUUAUUGCUGAUGAAGCAUAUUUUGUGCUGAUAUCAGUGAUAUUUUAUAAGAUUAUAACAGCACAUCUGCAGUACACGUCAGUUUUACAGAUUUACCAGCGAGAAACAUAAAUCCCUUUGAAAUAAUAAAAAAAUGAGUACUGCAGGCAAAGUGAUAAAAUGCACCGCAGCAGUCGCGUGGGGCCCAAAGGAAGAUCUAAAAUUAGAAACAAUAGAAGUAGAUCCACCAAAAGCCCAUGAAGUUAGAAUUAAAAUAUUGUAUACUGCUGUGUGCCACACUGAUGCCUAUACACUUAGUGGACAAGAUCCUGAGGGUCUUUUUCCAGUCGUACUAGGACACGAGGGGGCCGGUAUCGUCGAAAGCGUGGGCCAGGGAGUUACCAAUGUUCAACCAGGUGACCAUGUUAUCCCAUUGUAUGUACCACAAUGUGGUGAUUGCAAAUUUUGUAAAAGCCCGAAAACGAAUUUGUGCCAAAAGAUCCGUGUAACACAGGGACAAGGUAAAAUGCCUGAUGGAACAUCAAGAUUUAAAUGUAAUGGUAAAGAAUUGUAUCAUUUUAUGGGAUGUUCCACUUUUAGUGAAUACACUGUUGUUGCUGAUAUUUCUGUGACAAAGGUUAAUUCUAAAGCUCCUUUGGACAAAGUCUGCCUUUUGGGUUGUGGUGUUCCCACAGGUUACGGUGCUGCCCUCAAUACUGCUAAAGUUGAAAAGGGUAGUACUUGUGCAGUUUGGGGUUUAGGUGCAGUAGGAUUGGCAGUUGGCUUAGGAUGUCAAGCAGCCGGUGCUUCUAGAGUAAUCGGUGUUGAUUUGAAUCCAGCCAAAUUUGAAGUUGCUAAGAAAUUCGGUUUCACUGAAUUCGUAAAUCCCAAAGAAUACGAGAAACCCAUUACUGAAGUUCUAGUAGAAUUAACAGAUGGUGGUGUGGAUUAUACUUUUGAAUGCGUUGGAAAUGUGGAAACGAUGAGAGCUGCGCUAGAAUCGUGUCAUAAAGGUUGGGGAGUAUCUACCAUUGUCGGUGUAGCUGGAGCUGGACAGGAAAUCAAGACUAGACCAUUCCAACUUGUAACUGGACGUGUAUGGAAAGGAACUGCUUUUGGAGGCUGGAAAAGCCGUGAAAGCGUGCCGAAGCUUGUGGAAGAAUAUCUAAACAAAAAGCUUAAAUUGGAUGAAUUCGUUUCGCAUUUUUUGAAAUUUGAGGAAAUAAAUGAAGCCUUCCACCUUAUGCACAAAGGAAUUAGUAUUCGCACUGUUUUGAGCUUUGGAAACAGCCAAAGUAACCUUUAAAAAUAUAUUUUUAUAUUUGUUUUAUGGUUCAUUAAAUGAAGGGUUAUGUUUUUA